CUGAACUGAUUUAAAUUGAGAAACGAAUCUUUACUCAUCAACGCCAAACAAAAAAAAAAAAAAAAAAAAAAAUUAAAUAGUAGUUAAAUAGGCUUAUAACAACAAACCGAGAAAAAGUUAUCAACAAAAUAUCCUAUUUAGCAAAAAAUUAUAAAUUACAAUCUUUAACCGAACAGCACAAAUAUAUGCUUUAAAACUAAUUAUAUAUUAAAAAAAAAAUAACAAAAGCGGGAUUAUAAACAUUUAUUAAACUAUUUUAAAUAAGACUCAUAACCAAUUUCUGAAAGCUGCCUAAAAAAUAAAAUCUUAAUCAAACUAAAAUAGCCUUAAAAACGACGUAGUAAACAAUUAUACACCAAUACAAAACUGUGCAACUAAGAAACAUAAAAAUAUCUCAACAAUAUUUAUCGAAAAUAUCAACGACUACACCAACAACACAAAUGUGCCUCAAACAAAAAGCAACAACAAUCAAUUAACCAAACAAAAAAUGAAAUGAGAAAUAAAUACAAAAAUAAAACAAAAUUAAAGUUGUGCCCUCGAAAAGCGACCAAACAAAUAACAACUCAACGAGAAAAAUCAACAAACCAACCAAAGCUUAUCAAUAAUUAAAAAUAAAUUAUCUAUGAGGAGCAACAAUAACUCUUCCCGAAGCAGCAGCAAUAAAACCAACAAUAAAUCCAGCAAGAACAAAACCAACAACAUGGCUGUAGACCUCUCCCUUUCGACAACAACAAUUGCCAAUUGCAAUAGCAACAUUAGCCACAAUAACAACAAUGCUAGCGGUAAAAGUAGCGCAGCAGCAUCGACGCUGGCAGCGACGUCGACGCCGUCAGCGGUGGGCUUAUGUCGCCUAGAAAGCUCAAAGUACAGCAGUUCAAAGCGCGACUACGAACGCGAUCGUUCCUCCAACUAUCGCGAUCGCGAUCUGUCGCCGGGCGCUGGCGGUGGAGGUGGCGGCGGAUCCGCUGGCGGAGGAGGCGGCGGUGGCGGCAGCGGCAAUGGCGGCGGACCAUUGAACAAUGGCAACAGCUACCGCUCCCAAUCGCCCGACAUCGAUUCGCCAUCGUCCCGUUCGCAUGAUCUACGCGAUCGCAGCGAUCAUCGAGGCGGCGGCGGUGGAAAUGGACGUGGCGGCAGCGGGGAGCGGUAUAGCUUCCUGCAGAAGAUGCGUGAUCGAGAUCGGGAUGUCUACAAGAAGGAUAAAUAUUCAGACAAACGUGAUCGUCGUGGCAACGAUCGUGACUCGGAGUCGUCGUACCGCACCAACCAUGACAGGGAUCGUCGGGGCGGAGGAGGAGGUGGCGGCGGAGGAGGCGGUGGAGGAGGCAACGCCAGCGGCAAGCUGUGCUCCUCGCGGGAGAACGACAAACGCUCGGGUUCCGACGAUCGUGAUCGGGAGCGGGACCGAGAUAUGCGCGACCUGCGCGACAAGCGGGAUCGUGGCUCCGAUCGAGACAGGGACAUGUACAAGAAGGACAAGUACGCAGACAAACGCGAACGCAGCGAUCGCGGCGAGCGAACGGCGCGUUAUGGCGACUGGAGCGAGCAUGUCAGCUCAUCGGGCAAAAUGUAUUACUACAACUGCAAGACGGAAAUCUCUCAGUGGGAGAAACCAAAGGAAUGGGUGGACAGAGAAAGAAAUUUGCCGCGCGAUCAGCAUCGUGAGAAGGACUAUCGUGACAAGGAUCGCGAUCGCGACCGUGAUGAUCGUUUCUCCAGAUCGACAUACAAACAUUCCAAUUCUUCGCGCGACAAUUCACGACUGAGAUGGAAUUACGACAACGAUGGCGGUCCACCCAGCCAUCGAAGACGUUUGGAUGGUCGACACAACGACAAUGCUGAUAUGGACAUAAGCGGCGACUCGACGCCCACCUCGGAGGCCAGUUAUUCGCUGAGCGGCACACCCACCACCCACGGCGGCGGAGUUCCCAGUGGCGGCGGCGGUGGCAGCAGCGAUCAGCCAUUGGGUAACGCCCUGCCACGUUUGGCCUCCCAUCCGAAUGCUAAUUCCUCCGUCUCAGUGGCAGCGGGCGCUGGAUCGGCGGCGGGACUCCAUUACGGCAGUGGAGCGGGCGUCGGACCGGUGACGGGCGCCACAAUGCUGCCCACCAGCGGACUGUCGUCGUCGGGAAUGGUGAACAGCAACAGCAGCAACAGUGCCGGCGGCAGCAGCAACAACACAAGCAGCAGCAGCCUAAGAAACUCCGUUGUCGGCCACAUUGGCUCCACAUCCGGCACAACUGUGCCGACGCUGGGGAGUCAGGAUCCGCACCAGCACCAUCUGAACUCGAAUGCUCCACUGCCACCGGGUGCGAAGGGUAAGGAUCAGGCGCUACUCAUGCGCCAGAAGAUGCACCUAGGCCUCGGCGUCCUCGAUGGGCAAUUGCAUCACGGCGUCAACUCGGUGGGUUCGUCGGCAGACGGGGUGGUCAACCAUGCCUACAACUCGGUCAAUAACUCGGUCUCCGGCAGCAGCCUAAGCAGCUUACGGGACAACAGUGUAAACUCACCGCUGUACAUGCCGCAUCCGCACCACAGCCUCUCACCGCCGUUGAGCUACACGAAGAGUCCCAUACCGACGAUUGUUGGCCACACGAACAACGUGAGCAACGCGUACACCUGCAAUCCACCCUUUGGCCUCAAGACAAGCCUCGACGGCGGAGUGCUGGUGGCGAACGCCUCGCCGGCGACGCCGGGCGGUAACGUCUCCUCCGGCUCCAGCGGAGCGAAUAGUAGCAGCCAAAGCAUCGUGCCCGGGAUGGGCGCCGUCAGCGGAAUCAGUGUGAUCACCUCGAUGGGCAGCAACAGUGGCGGGGCGGCGGCGGCGGGUGGCGAGGGCCCGCCAACACCCACACAGGAACUGGACUUGAGCGGCGCGGCGCUGGAGCAGCAACAAUUAGCCGCCGCAGCGGCAGCCGCGGCAGCGGCCAGUCUCCAGCUGCAGGUGGCGCAGCAGGCCCAGCAGCAGCGAAAAUUGGAUGGCACCUCGUCGGCCACGCUGAGUUCGCUGCAAAGCUGCGUCGGAUCAUCGGGUCAGGCGGCAAACCUGCGCGGUCCCGAGAUUUCGCCCAAGCUGGCCAAAUACUUUCGCGCCGACCUGAUUGCGCAUGUCACCAACUGGCAGGCGGAGGUGCUGGAGCGUCAGGCGCAGAAGUGCUGUGAGGAUACACAUCUGUUUGGCGACAUCAACUGCACGAGGAUAUGCGCGGAAUUGAAGUGCGCCCGCAGCCUGGUGCGAAGCACUGAGAUCAACGCCACCCUGCAGGAACAAAAAAUCAUGUAUUUGCGCCAGCAGAUCCGCCGUAUUGAGGAGUCGAAGACUCAGAACGCGUUCAUGUCGGACGAUACUUAGGAUCAGGAGCAGGUUAGGCUGCGCGUACAUCGCAAGCUGUCUGUCAGGCUCAAAAAGAGCUUCUUCUGGCGCAGCUGAUGAUGAUUGCGAUGAUGAUUGGUCCAUUGUGGCCGCCGCCAGCAGCUAGCCUUUGUCCUCGUCUCGCAUGCCCGGAUCCAUGCGUAUAUAUUAUUUUGUUACCGGCAUCUGGGAAUGGUUUAGAUGAUGACGACGACUGGCGGAGCGCUACGAUAAUGACUGAUAUACCGCGUGCAUCCUGCUCCAUCCUCCUACUUAUCUCCACUGGGCGACGCAUCUCUCCCCACCACCACCACCACCAGCCCGCGAUUCACUUGUGUUCGGAUCGAGUUCCAUUUCUAGUCCCGCAGCCGACGACAUACAGUGGCAGUGUAUUAUAGCUGGUUAAGCGAAACUGGGUGGACUUGGCACAGGACAAAUCAGGAUAAUUCAACCAACCAACAGCUGCAACAAGAACUCCAACAAGAAACACAAAAAAACUAAAACAUAAUUUAUAAUUAGCAAAGCGUAAAUUAAAAACAAAAGUAAACUUAAAUAAGCAUGAAGCAUGGCAAAGGAAAAAAGCCAGAGAAAAUAGCCACAAACACAAACACUCAAGAUAACUACAAAAGGAGAAUAGAGCCGACAAAAACCUAUCAAGAUCAAGAAGCAAUAUGGAUAAAGCCUCGUAACGAAUCGAAAUUAAACAAAAAGAAAACAAAAACAAAAGAUAAACAAACGAAAUAGGAUCAACAACACCAGCAACAACACCAACAACAAAAAAAAAAAAAAAAAAAACAAGUCAACAUAGUAUACUCAACUGCAAUAAAAAGCUAAUUAAACUAUAUACAAAUUAUAUAUAAAUAAAUAUAUAUAGAGUAUAUGAAAGAUUGUAUAUUUACAACAACCCAACAUAAAUAUGUAUGAGAAUCAUGAUGAUAAAUGAUUACGAUGACAACCAAAAUGCGAGUCAAGUCGAGCCGAAUGCACGCUUCACGGGAUGAGGACAUCGACAAUUUUAUGUAUAUAUAUACCUAUUAUAUAUAUAUAAGUUGGGAAUCCUGCAACUCAACGCCGUUUUUUUAAAACCGCAUUGCAUUCUUUUUCAUUGUGCAAGCAUGGAUGUUGGUUUAUUCAUUUGAAUAUUGGCUUGGUGAACUUUUUGUACGAUUCUUUUUUUGUAGUUAUUUACCGGUGAAAUGCAACGCCCGCCCACGCCCAAAAUUACAACCAAUAUCUAUUUAUGAAAACCCAGUUUUUUAAACCUCUGAUUGAAUUGCAGCAAGUUUUGUUUUAGUUUAAUUUUUUGUAUGCCCUACAUUUACGACUUACCAAGUACAUGAUCAUAUAUUUUUUAUUUGAUAUGCAUACAUAAUUUAUUUGGCACAAGC